AUGUCUGCAAAUUUUCAACCAAAUCAUCCUACUGGAAGGCAAAUUGAAUCAAACCAGAUCACCCGGUCAUUGCGGCCAGAUGUUAUUGUCGACGGAGAAAAUUUAUCUACAGGGAGUGACUCGACACGACCAAAUGAAUCGAUAAAUAGGAAUCAAUCAACACGCAGAAGUCGAUUAAGAUCAUCAGCAAAUAGUUCACAAAAAGGACGGUAUUCGAGAUCAGACUCUGUUUCUACAUCAAUUUCAAAUAAUGAGAGAAAACGUCGGUUAAUACUAGAGGCUGCAGAACAAACAGCUAGUGUUAAAAGGAGAAUGCUGGAAGAAAGAGAAAAGGUUGAAUUAGAAUUAAUCAACGCCAAAUUAGCGGCAGAACUAGAGAACAAUGAAAUCAAUCAAUCUGAUUUAAAUCUGAUCCCUCAAGGGAAUUUGAGAAGCGACAGGGAAAGUAUAGCUAGAGAAAAAUUUGAUUACAUAAACCGUUGGCGAAAAGAAAUCGGUCCAUUUGAAAUGGAACAUACAGAUUGUAAUCGAUCCGACCGAAAUGAAAAUCCUACAUCGCAAAAUAAUCAUUUGAAAAACGUGAACAAAGUUGUAUCAACAGGUCCAGAAAUAAGUACACAAUUAUUAUUGAGUAGAUUAACCUCAGCAAAAAAACUUGUGGAAUUUUCUGGUGAUCCAUUAGAUUGGCUUAGAUUCAAGCAAUCAUAUGAAACAUCUACAGAACUAGGAAAAUACACGGAUAAGGAAAAUGUGUCCCGUUUAUAUGACGCUUUGAAGGGUAAGGCAAGGGAAGCUGUUGAUGCACUAAUGUUGACGGCAAGUAGUUCUGAAAUAAUAAUGCAAACUUUGGAACUACGGUUUGGCGAUCCUGAAAAUAUAAUCCAAAAGGUUAUUCAGGAUUUAAAAGUGCUUCCAAAAAUUCAGGGAGGAAAAAUUGACCUUAUAUCGUUUGCCACAAAAGUUCGCAAUGGAGUAGCAGCAAUCCAAGCACUAAAUCAUAUUGGACACUUACACAGCCCCAACAUAAUAUCGGAAAUUAUCUCGAAGAUGCCUAGUACGCUGAUAUAUGGAUUUAACCGCUACAUAAAUAAAAACAAUAACGAUGAACCUAAACUUGUAAGUUUAUCCGAAUACCUGUAUAAAGAAGCACAGAUGGCAAGUAAAGCUGGAACAAACAGAUUGCAAUCAAAUCAAGCGACAAUGAAUGUUCGGAACAACAACGCAUCGUCACGAAAACCGCAAUCACAAAUAAGAGCAGUUGUGGCAUCCACAUCACAUAAAAUCACAAAACAAAAUAAAUCCAGCAACAAUACACAAAAACGUGACAUCGAAUGUGAAUUUUGUAAGAAGAGAGGACAUAAAAUAUAUAGAUGCUUUGGAUUUAAGGAUUUAAAAUUACAAGAUAGAUGGAAUUGGGUUAAGGAAAAUAAAAUAUGUUAUAAAUGCUUACGUAAAGGACAUACAAGCGUGAAAUGUAAAGGAUUUAACUGUCAAAUUGCUGGAUGUGAAAAAAAUCAUAAUCGACUGUUACAUAAAAUAAAAGAGGACGAAAUAGUUCCAGUUAUUGAGACGAUGGAAAAGGAAACAGAAACCCAAAAUGUGGAAAAUAGACAAAGAAAAUCUAUCCAAACAUAUGCCCUAUUAGAUGACGGAUCGACAAUCACAUUAAUUGACGCAAGAAUUGCAAAAUAUUUAGGGGCCAAAGGCCCAUCCACAAAAAUAACUAUACAGGGUGUAGGAAAUUUAGGUUGCUUAGAAACUGUGAGCAAUAGAGUUACCCUGACGAUAAAAGGAGAAUUUGAAAAAUAUAAGCUGCAUAAUGUAAUUACGGUACCAGAAUUGAACCUACCUAGUCAAACUAUGGACAGACAAGUAAUAACUGACGUCAAACAUAUCUUAGGUAUUAAUAACUUAUACCUGAAUUCAACACCUAUGAUUCUAAUUGGUCAAGAUAAUUGGGAGCUUCUCGUUACUCACGAUAUGAAAAUAAUCAAAAACAGCUCAUUAGUUGCGUCAAAGACUUUAUUAGGAUGGGUUAUCCAUGGAAGAAUUAAAGGGCGUAAAAACUCACACAAUAUAGUUUUGCUGAGUAAUGAAAAAGAUGAGAAUUACAGGGAUUAUACAAAUCCAUCCGAUGAUAGUGACACGGUCUUACAUAAUUUGGUCAAGACAUAUUUUCAAAUAGAGUCAUUAGGAGUUACAAAUAGAGAGAAACUAAAUAGUGAAGAAACAAGAGGAAACAAUAUAUUGAAGGCAACAACCAAACGAAUAUCCGAAUGUAGAUGGGAAACUGGUUUAUUGUGGAAUGACAAUAACAUCGUACUUCCAGGAAGUAGUCGCCAAAUGGCUUUGCGACGGCUAAACAAUUUGGAGAAACGAUUAGACAAAGAUGCCAAAUUUGCUUCAUUAUAUUAUGCUGAAAUGGAUAGGUUUAUAAAAAAUGGAUAUGCACAAAAAAAAGGAAGAGAAUCUACAAGUAAAUAUACAUGGUAUAUUCCUCACUUUGGAGUUAUUUCUACAAAUGAAGAGGGUGAUAAAGUGAGAAUCGUUUUUGAUGCCGCAGCUAAAUCUCAUGGAAAAAGUUUGAACGAUUUUCUCAUAGCUGGUCCGACGUUACUUAACUCACUAAUUGGAGUUCUAAUGAGAUUUCGUCAACACGCAGUAGGAAUAAAAGGUGACAUACGCGAUAUGUUUUUGAGGAUCAAAUUACGUGAGGAAGACCGUUACGCACAGAAAUUCCUAUGGAGAGGAAGAGAUAGAAAAAAUCCACCAGAAGAAUACGAAAUGACGUCACUCAUAUUCGGAUCAAAAUCAUCACCAACCAGUGCAAUCUAUGUGAAAAAUAAAAAUGCUGAGGCCUUUAAAAAUACUAUGCCUAUAGCGGCGCAGGCAAUAGUUAGAAAUAGUUAUGUGGAUGAUUUCCUGGCUAGCUAUCAAACACCAAAAGAAGCAGCCGAGAUUAUAAAUCAAGUCACAGAAAUCAACCACCAAGGAGGAUUCAAUAUGCACAUGUGGAUUAGUAACGAUCAAAAUGUUCUAGAAGCACUGUCUUCAAUAAAAACAACUAACUCUAAGGAUGUGGUACUAGAAUUCUCCACAACAACACAAGCUAAACAUGAAAAGGCUCUCGGAUUAAAAUGGGACACAGCAUUAGAUGUUUUAAAAUUUAAUAUCAAUUUGAAAUCUAUGUCACCAAGCUUACUGUCAGGAGAUUGCAUACCCACUAAAAGGGAAUUCCUCAAGAUAAUUAUGUCGAUUUACGACCCACUGGGAUUUUUGUCUUGUUUUACCAUAAAAUCUAAAAUUAUCAUGCAAGACGUUUGGACAAGCGGUGUCAAGUGGGACGAGAAAAUACGUGAAGCUGAAUUUCAUUCUUGGAAGAAUUGGUUAAGUGAGCUUUCACAGGUGGCAAAGUGUUGUAUUCCUCGAUGUUACAUAUCAAAUCAUAGAAAAGCGAAAGCUGUUGAACUGCACAUGUUUUGUGACGCCAGCACGAAAGCGUACGCUGCUGUUGGGUAUUGGAGAUUUGAAUUUGAAGAUAAAACCGUGGAGACAAGUAUCAUUAUUAGUAAAAGUAGGGUAGCUCCGCUGAAACCACUUUCAGUACCCAGAUUAGAGUUACAAGCUGCUCUGUUGGGAAGCCGACUUGCAAAUACGAUAGAAACGGAACAUUCUAUUAAGGUCAAUCGACGUAUAUUUUGGAGUGACUCGAGAACUGUCUUAGCUUGGAUAAAAUCUAACCCAAGAAUGUACCAAGUAUUUGUAGCGCACCGACUAGGAGAAAUUUGUGAGCUGACAAGUCCUUCAGAGUGGAGAUGGAUUCCGACUGAUCCGAAUCCAGCAGAUCAUUCAACACGUCUAACAAACAAAAGAAUUGAUACAAACACAGAAUGGUUUACUGGACCUGCCUUUCUCAAAGAAGAUGAAACAACAUGGCCAAAUGAAAAUAAUUUUACAUUAACGUGCAUUAAAAUGUCAAGUCUACCAGAAGCAAAGCGCUUUUCAAGUUGGAAAAAAUUGUUAAGAAACACUGCCUUUAUACUAUAUGUGGUCGAUAAAUGGAAAAGAAAACAAGAUGCGAAAUUAACAUUAGAUCACUAUACAAGAGCAGAAAUAUUAUUAUUCAAGGAAUCGCAAAAACAAAGUUUUUUGAAGGAUAUACUCUCAAUCGAAAAAACAGGUUACGUGGAGAAAAAUAGUUUACUGAGAUCUUUAACACCAAAGAUAGAUAAUGAAGGUGUCAUGAGAGUAGAUGGUCGAAUACAAAAUACCUCAGAAUUUACCUUUGAACAUCAGCCUAUUAUAUUAGAAGGGAAACAAGAGAUUACCAGAUUAUUAAUACAAGAAUAUCACGUAAAAAUGCAACAUGUAAAUAACAACACAGUAAUAAAUGAAAUGCGGCAAAGGUUUUGGAUAACCAGAUUCAGAACCACUUUAAAAUCAAUUGUCACUAAAUGUGAAAUUUGCCGAUUGCGACGCAUGAAGCCGGAAAAUCCUCGAAUGGGAAAUCUACCAGAACCAAGAUUGGCUUAUCAUGUACGACCAUUUACUCACUGUGGCGUGGACUACUUUGGACCAAUGUUGGUAACAGUAGGCCGAAAGAGACAGAAAAGAUGGGGAGCAUUGUUUACGUGUAUGUCAACAAGGGCCAUACACUUAGAGUUAGUUCAUACUCUAUCAUCAGACUCAACCAUAAUGGCAUUACGUCGAUUAAUAGCUCGAAGAGGUCAACCAAAUGUCAUAUAUUCUGACAAUGGUACUAAUUUUAGAGGAACAGCAAAUGAACUGAAAGAAGCAAUAAUAAAAAUGGGGACGCAAGAUCAUAUCAAAUUUGCAUUGGAGAAUCAUCUGGAAUGGAGAUUUACACCACCUGAUACACCUCAUAUGGGAGGGGUUUGGGAGAGACUAAUUAGAUCAGUGAAAAUUGCCUUAUCGACUGUUUUGAAGGAUCAGGCACCAAGAGAAGAAGUUUUACUCACCUUGUUUGCAGAAGUUGAACAAUGUGUAAAUUCUAGACCUCUUACUCAUAUUUCUCUUGAUCCACAUGAUCAAGAAGCGCUAACACCUAAUCAUUUUCUCAUAGGAAGUUCCUCUAGUCAUGCAUUAGGCAAAAGAUUUGACGUGUUAGCUGAGUGCAAUAGAGCUCAAUGGGCAAAGGCGCAAAGCCUUGCAGACUCCUUCUGGAAGAGAUGGUUGAGGGAGUAUCUACCAACAUUGCUGCCACGACAAAAAUGGACCAAAGAGGGUAAUUCAUUUGAAAAAGGUGAUGUUGUCUUAAUAGCAAAUACUCAGGAACCACGAAAUUCAUGGCCAAAGGGUAUUAUUGAAAAAUUGCAUCCCGGAUCAGAUGGUCGAGUCCGUGUUGUCACAGUAAAAACUGUUAAAGGGUCUUUUAUUCGAGCUGCAAAUAAGUUGAUUCCGUUAAUAAAGGCAUCAGAAGUACAAGGAUAA